AUGAUGGAAAAUAUUUCUGACAAUGAGACUAGUAAAGAAAGUUUGGUUAAAAAUUCACCUAAAUUAGAAUCUGAAAGAAGAAAACAUGUAAAAGAGAAUUAUCAAAAACCAAUAAUUGAACCCUUACUAGAUGAGGAAGAAGAAAAAUAUAUAGCUGAUUUAAAUGGAAUGGAUAUUAUUGUUAAAUUGCCUUUACAUGCUCAACGAAUAUUUUCUAUGGGGAAUUUUGGAACUUUUGUUGGUCAAAGAAUGAAUUUUGCUAAUUGGAAAUGUUUUUCUUCUGAUGAACAAGAAUUGUGUGAAGCUGGGACAAGUAAAGAAAGUUUGGUUAAAAAUUCAAGUUUUGAUUCAAAACAAAAAGCAAAGGAGUGGAUUGGUAUAUUUUUUUAA